UCGUAGCGUGAAGGUGCUGCUGGUGAAAUCGCGCGCGUUCACCACCAAAAAUAGGAAGAAAAGACAGGAAGAUUUUUUGUUACACUUUCUGCUUUCUGAAAAUAUACAUAUUUACAACGGUAGUACUUUAGUAACUUGUGGCGAACGAAGUGCGAGCAUGUAUUUAGAAAUUCGUGUGAAUAAUUACAUAAAAAGUGGAAAGGAAAAAUAAUCCAAAGAAAAUUAUUUAAAGGAUUCAAGAAGAAGUGCUGGAAAUCUUUAAGUGUUUGGUGGAAAUUCAUACGGUACGCCAAGUGAAAAAUGGCUUUUGUGAAAAUCAGUCGCACUCGAGGUAAUGCCAUUUACCGCAACGUUCGGAGCAAGAUCCGCCAAGGAUGUCAACGCGAACAUUUGUGCAAAUGAGUUAAAGUGCCGCAAUUUGGUGUUGGCCCAUUAUAACAUAAGUACUUAUAUAAGAGCACAGUGGCCACAAGCGCAGUGUCGCGAACGGCACCCCGUGCGGUACUCGUAACGUAAUUUAAAAGUUAGUGUCGCAGGCGCCCGUUGCCCCAGUUCAGUUAGCGAGGCGAGGCAAUUGACGCCAACAACGCUUGUCGGUUCGCAUUGUUGUGGUUACUAUGCACGUUACACAUGCUGCAAGGGAUGGGUGUCAAACUUUAAGCAACAACAGCAGCAUCGACAGCGACAACACGCGCAAAAAUAGCGCGAACAAUCAUUUAAGCAGCCAACUGAAGAAUAACAACGGUAGUUGUUGUAAAAAUAGCAGCACAAACGACAUUAAUAAACGCUGCAACACGACGAGUGACGGCUGCAAUACACAACAUCCGGCGGGCAUACUGCGCCACAGCUGUCACUUACACAAUCGCCCGCGGAACGACAAUCACCCACACUUUGCGAUUGAUAACCUAGAAAAGCAUCGAUUUUUCGACGUUGACGCUGACGUCGACGCUGUGCACAGUAACGGCAUUUGACGCACGCGACAAGUAAUAGACAGUUACCGGAGCCGAGAUAGCGGAGUCGACGGUGUAGCCAGGAAUAGCGCCGAGGCAAACGUGCUGUUAAAGAGGUGUGAACUACAGCAGCAACUAGAAAAUUGUGUAAUCGCAGGCUCGCAAAAGUCGCCACUCUUAACACCCGUAUCGCCCGUGCACCUCUCGUCCUGUUUCUCCUCCACUUCCCAUAGUUCCCCUUCGACGUCUUGCAGCCAAUGCACUAUCGUCUUUAAGGCACUGCCACCUCCGCCGUUGUCAGCAUCGACGCAAUCCGUAGUAUUAGGACGUUCAUCGUCGCCCCCGCCAGUGCCGCCACUUCGUUCAUCGUCGUUGUCGCAGUGUUGUUCGUCGCCAACACAGUGGCAGCCGUAUCCGCACAAUUUCUCACUGACGCUGGCAGUGUCGCCAGUCGCAAGUCAUGUUAGCUGCAACAGCAGUUGCCCACGGCUCGCAACGACAUCAACAGGAACGACAAAGGCGUCCGCGCAUAAGAGGGCGCCGUCGUUGCUCUACAUCAAGCAAGCAGGCAACAAUAGAACUUGCCGAUUCUGCGACACAACCGACGAGUACGACGACCAAGACCAAGACGAAGUUAACAGUUCUAAUAACAGCAUAAUGGUCUUGAGUACAGAAUGGUCUCAGGUGGAAGUUAUCGAUCUGGUAAAUGAUGGUAAUGGCUUGGGCUUCAUAUUGGUCGGUGGACGCAGCACUGGUGUUGUAAUAAAGGCGUUGACGCCCGGCGGCAUUGCGGAACGUGAUGGUCGUUUGCAAUGUGGUGAUCAUUUGUUGCAAAUUGGCGAUGUGAACUUGCGUGGCUUCAGUUCCGAGCAAGUAGCAACGGUUCUUCGUCAGACUGGAGCUCAGGUUCGACUGAUUGUAGCGAGGCCGGUGGAGCCGACAGCCAUCGAUUUACAAACGUUGGCCAGUCAUGCGCCAAUUAUUCCAACUAAGCUCCUCUCCGACCCAGAAGAACUGUCACGGCAUCUCUUUCAAAAUCCCAGCUUUGCUACUAGUGCUACAGGCGUUGGAGUUGGCGGCGGCAGCGGCAUGGGCGGCAGCUGCUUCCUGCCAACGCCGGACACUGAACUAGCCGAUUUGCCACUGCCACCCAUACCAACUGAUUUACCAUUAUCUGCAUCCGCAGCGGCGCGCACAUGUCCCAAGGACUUGGACAUCGUACCAUUCUCGAUUGUAUCACCGUCACCGCCACCCCUUUUGCCGCUACCAUCCCCGCCAAACACAAUAGCAACGACACUCGGCACAUCGGUUACAUUGAGCUCAUUACACCAGCAGCAAUUUGAGAUUACCACCACCAACACAAGCAGCACCAUCAUAAAUUACUCAAAAACCACUCAGUUGGAACAAAUUGAGACUGUGAUAGCUGGCGUAGAUGCCGGCACCUCAACGAAUGCACCGGAUGCAGCGCAUAUUGACGCCGAUCGCUGCUCCACGGCUUCAUCGAAUUACAUCGAUUCACCCGAGACAGAAACGUAUGAGGUAGAGUUGCAUAAGAAUGUCUACGGUCUUGGCAUAACUGUAGCCGGUUAUGUUUGUGAAGAGGAGGACCUUUCGGGUAUAUUUGUGAAAAGUAUCAUAGAAGGCAGUGCCGCAGAGGUGAGUGAGCGCAUACAGAUCAACGAUCGUAUCGUUGCUGUAGACGGCCGUUCACUUGCGGGCGUUACCAAUCAUCAAGCGGUGGAGAUACUCCGUAAUACUGACAUCGAAGUCCACCUGACACUGGAACGCUUCUUGCGUGGACGCAAGUAUGAACAUUUGCAAAAUGCACUCACGGAAUUGAAAGGAGACACGCAAUCACAGAGUUCACUGCCUGCAUCACCUUCGAUUGCAACACUUUCUUGGCUGCCACCACGUUCCGAUGCCGAUUCUGUGGCCACUGAAGGCGGUAUUGUUAUGCUGGAGUUUUCCGACUUCCCAUCACGUGAAACUGUCGACUCUAAUAUGUCUUACAUGCUCGAUCGCAGCGAUCACAGCGGCAUUAGCAGUGCCAAACGGCAAAAGACGCCUACAACGCCCACGGCUACGCACAUAGCCAAUGGCAAAGCAACGCAUAUCAAUGGAAGCAAUGACAAUGACAGCGAUGAUCACGACUCAGCAACGCUGGCAGUUCAAAUGCCGGAUCCAUCGGUGAAACAGCCAAUUGAUGGCCGUAAGAAAUCUGUAAGCUCAGUGACUGCAACGACUGCAGCGGUACCGACAACAAAAACGGCGGUGACGGUGACUACAACAUUAACAGUGCCUGCGGUGGCAGCAACGACAACGAUAACGGCAACAACGUUAGCCGCCAAGCCCGCCGCUUCAACUUUAGCCCCGCCCAAUGUGGAGACGCUGAAGCUGACCUGGAAAAGUGAGUUUCCUGAAAGUGAAAUUAUUGUAGCCGAAAUAAAUAAACUUUCAGGUCUAGGGAUCAGCCUGGAGGGCACCGUGGAUGUCGAAUGCGGCAUUGAAAAGCGUCCACAUCAUUACAUACGCUCUAUACUGGAAGAUGGGCCUGUGGGGCGACAAGGCAUACUCAAACCGGGUGACGAGCUACUACAAGUAAACGAAUAUAAAUUGCAAGGCCUUAAGCACACUGAAGUAGUUAAGAUACUGAAAGAACUGCCAACACACGUAAAGCUGGUAUGUGCGCGUGGUCCCACCGCACCAUCCGUAAUAAACACAUCGCAAAAUCCAGAGGCUUUCGAAACACGCUCUCUACUACCAGGUGGUCAUCAGAGCCUGCAAAAUCUGCUGACCAAAGCACAAUCAGAGAGUUCUCUAUACACAUCGAGCACUGCCACGCUGACCGACCAGCAACGUUCCAAAUCAUUGGAGAACGUUUCGGGUUUGGCGCUUUGGAGCAGCGACGUCACUACCAUCGAAAUCGAAAAAACCGAACAAGGUUUCGGUUUCUCUAUACUUGACUACCAGGAUCCGAUGGAUGCCGAAGGUACUGUAAUUGUGAUACGUGGUCUCAUACGUGGUGGCGCAGCAGAAGCGACCAAUGAGAUAUUUCCCGGAGAUCGAUUGGUCAGCGUCGGCGAACACACACUGCACGGACUCGAUUUGGACGAGGCAGUGGCGAUACUCAAAGGCAUGCCAGUGGGGAGAACCAAAUUGGGCAUUUGCAGACCACUCUCAACAUCGGACAGCAAUAUAGCGUCGCCAGCGGAGGAGGCCGACUCGCCAAGCACAUAGUUUUUAAGGAACUUUUACUAUUUCAUCGCAUUUUCGCAAAUUUAAGUCACGACGCUGCCAAGCGCCCGGAUGAGUUCACUUCACAUCGCGAUUAUACGAACGAAGGCACCUCACAUUCAAGUGGCUACGUUGCUGACUGCGGUGCGGUCCGGGGCAGUGUGCGGGCUGCAGUGCAAUGGGAUGUGGUUGGAGGUGGCAACUUGGGUUGUUGCUGCUGCUGCCGCUGCCGCUGCUGCUGACGAACGACGCGAAUCUCUGAAGUGCUGUAAAUAUUUUGUUAUCCAAAGAAAUUACUUAACAAAAUUAGUCUGUAUGUAUUUGUAAGAAUUAGUGCUAAGUAAUUAGUUGUUAGCGAACAAAAAUAAGAAAAAUUCUAAUAAAUAUGCUAUAAGUUCGCGAUAGGAGUGCAUAAAUCAUACAUCAGUUGUCGAAAUAUCAGCACAGUUGCCAUCGAAGACAAUGAAUUAAUCAAAACAUUUCGCGCUCUUUGGAAAUAAGCUUUUCCUUUUACUCAAAAAUUAAGAAAAAUCCUGAAAUUUGAUUUCGAACCCUUUCAAAAUACUAUGUUGCUUUAUUGGUUUAAUCAGUUUCACCAAUUCUCAACCGCCUUACACAUGCUAAAUUGUUACUUCAUUAAGUUUUUAAAUUAUACAUAUUGGGAAGGAAUUUAAAACAAUAAAUGAAAUGGAAAAGUUUACAAUACUAUUUUUGAAUUCGAGGCUAACACCUUUUCCACUUGAUCUUUCGGCAAAGAAAGUUUUCAUAUUCCUUCAAGACCUUAUUUUAUGCUUUCAAAACUGCAAACUUCCUAUCCAUUGGAACGAUGUAUCUUAGCUAGCCAAUGUUUUAGAAAAUCUUUCACGGAACAAGCGCCAUCUUGUCGGAUAUUGUCCUUUUUCACGAUACUGAGCUUUAUGUUAGGAAGAAAUGAGGCGUUUAUAUCUUAGAACUGAUAAUCGAAAAAGUCUUUUCGUAUUCUAAUCAAACUUCAAGUUAUUUAUUUUUAUAUUUAUAAUGAACUGUAAUGAACCAAAUCUAUACCAUUUUGGUCGACCACUUUUUGCCAUUCUUCGCUAGAGACAUUAUUCCAUCAGUGUAAAAUUGUUCUGGUUUCUCGGCGAAAAACUGCGACAAGUAAUUUUCACAGGCUUCUCUUGAAGCCAACUUUACUCCAUUAAGGGAAUUCUGCAUUGACCGAAACAAGUUGCUGGUAGUCCGACGGUGCAAGGUUAGGCCUAUAUGGUGGAUGCAUCAAAACUUCUCAACCAAGUUCUCAUAGUUUUUGCCGAGUCAUCCACGCCAUUGCUGUUGAUCAGUUCUGGCCGUUCUUUUUUCGAUUCCCUGCUUACAUCUCAUCAGUUGUUGCCAGUAAAAUGCAGAAUACAUUGUUCGACCAGGCUGGAGCAGAGUUCAUAGUGGAUGAUUCCUUUCCAAUCCCACCAAACACUCAACAUAACCUUUCGAGGCGUCAAUCCUGGCUUUGCGACCAUUUGUUGAGCUUGGCAACGCUUGGACCUUGAUCUUUUUCGCAUUGAAACAGUUUUCGUCUCCUGUUACCAUUCGCUUCAUAAAUGGUUCGAUUUCAUUUCGUCUCAGUACAGAAUCGCAGAUGUUAAUUCGGUCCAUUAAAUUUCUCACAGACAAUUCAUGUGGUACCCAAACAUCGAGUGUCUUUUUAUUGGUAUGACACAAUGUGAUUGGUAGCACUGGAGAUAUACGACUGCAACGACAUCUAUUGACAAAAUACGAAAAGACAUUUUCGACUACCAAGUAUUACCCAGUUUAAUAUAGCAAGUUAGUUGAAUUUCAAGGCUACCAAGUUCUAAGUUAGUUUACAUCUACAAAGCCCAGUCGGGGACGACUAGAUGACCAUUUGUCACAAUAAUUAACCGUAUUUAUAUUUAAGCUUUAAAGUUCUCAGACUGAAAUAAUAGAUCCUGUUAUAAAUGACUUGGCCAAUUCUACUAUAAAUUUAUACUAACAAAAUGCUAUCACUUUGCUGUCACUGUCACAGACCAAACUUUUAGAAACCUAAUUUAAUUAAAAUGUAUUAAUUCCUAUUCCUAUAUUUGCCCAUACUUAAAUCAUGGGGAAUAAAAGUGACUAUUGUAUGAGAAUAAUUCUUCUUCUUCUUUAUUGGCGUAGACACCAUUUACGAGAUUAUAGCCAAUCCUUUCGUUGGUGUUGUUUUAAGUGGCGAGUCCCAAACCCAGCGCACAAACCUGGGCAGGGACGACUCGUCUUCCCACUUUAGCUAGCCUUCAAGCGAAUUUUUUUCGGCUACCCAGAUGAUACUUGGUUUAAGACCGGAAGUCGUGAGUUGCUUGAGCCAUAUAUAAAAACAACGUUUCUGGCUACUCCCAGGUGAAUGGCGCUCAGAGAACUUUCCUCUCUUGCAUGAACUUCCUCACAUGACAUCAUGGAAUAAUCUGAUAGAAUAAUCCGAGAGUAAUACUAAUUUAAAAUCAUAUUUUGUUUUGCUAUUUGAACAUGUUGGUCGACAAAGAAGAGUUUAGUUAAUAAUUUCUUUAUUACACUUAGACUUUAAAGAUGAAAUACUUAGCUAUCAGUAGAACACCUCAACAGUCUCUUAAUGAUAAACCCGACAGAACUACAUCAGGGCUACUAUAAGGCUGCAAAAAGCCCUUAGACAAACUCGAAACUUCGUAAAGGUCAACUUAGAGAAAUACCGCGUUUAAUUUCCCACUUCCUCAGCUAUAUUUUCAAGCAUGUAUUUUCAGCGCACAAUUCUUCUUCUUCGUAUUUCCAAACUAUUUUACCAAGCAAAGUUAACUUGAAGUCAAAGCUUUGCAAAGUGCAACUUCAAGUGACCGUUAUAAUUUAUGAAAUGCUAUUUACCGAACACUCCUACAUACAUAUGUAUGCAUAUCAAAGCAUAGGAUUGCAGAUCUAACAUAAUCUAUCUUACACAUAACUGUAAAUAGUUGUUGUUGACUUUUAUAAACUUACUAUAAUUAUUUGCAUUGCUAUUUUUAUCAUCAAAGAAUACUAAAAAUGAAGCUAAACUCAUUCACUAACUUUAGAAAAUUUUCUAACAAACACCACAUACACACACACAUACAUAUGUACAUUUUAGUCUAACUAAUUGCAUUGCCUUGUAGAUAACAACUGAGUUGAACUAUUCGAUUGUAAUAUAGACCAAAUUGAAUCAGGCUAGCGGCUAUGAAUUAUUAAAAAGUCUAGUAUGUAUGUAUAUACAUAUAUAUAUAUAUAUAUAUAUAUAUAUAUACGAGUAUAUAUAAAAGGAAAUAAGAAUAAAAUAUAAAAAACAGCGAUGAUUUGCAUAUUCGAAGAGAGGAUAUAGCGAAAUUGAAGCGGAAAUGCGUAGCAUAAUUUAAUCAUUACUACAUGAAACCAAUGCAAUACUUUAGUAACUAAUUAUCGUAGAUAAAUGAAUGGAGAGCACAAACAAAUCAAGUGUGAAAGGCACAAACAAAGCAAACUUAUGAUUAACUGUUAAAUGCGUAAAUAUGAGAUCACCUGUAGCCAACACGAGAAGAUUAAGAUUAAGUCAAGUCGAAAAGCUCAUUCCACGAAAAAAAGAAAUAUAAAUACAAAAAUAAAAAUUAAAAAAAAAAUACAUAAAUGAAAAUUAAAAAUAAAAAAUAAAAAUAAAAUGAAAAGCGAACACAGCUAAAUCACUUUGCAUGCAUCAUACACGAACUUAAAUUAAUUCAUUCCUCCAAUAACUUCUAUGAGAAACAUAUGAAAAUAUUUCACUCUGCAGACAUCGCGUGAAAAUAACGGUAGCUCUAGCGAAAAUUAAAAACAAAAAACAAAAUUGAGGAAACCGAUUAUGGUGGCAAGUAAACGUAAAAUAUCUAUCUGAAAAACAACUGAGUUGCAAGAGAAGCUUAAUAGUGAUACUAAUUUUAAAAUGUCUAAAGUUUAUUAAAAGAAAACUAAUUUAUAAAAGAAAAAUAAAAAUAGUUGAUUAAUGCGAAAACAACAACACUUGUAUAAAAUGGUUUAUUAAGCGAUUCAAAGGCGUUUCAGCGCUCACACACUCACACACGCUCACACACUCACAUCAUGAAAACUCACACAUUCAAACACGCGUAUAUACAAAUUAGCUUACAGUUAGCCUAUGAAGAACUAAUUCAAAUAAAUAGUAAUUGGUAAAAUGAAAAUUAAA